AUGUCGCUAACAUUUCAUGCUAACCAGUUUGAAAAUGCUUAUUCACCAGGAAGAUUAAGAAACUGGGAAAUUCCUAAGCAAUACAAAAAGAAACCAAGAAGCUUAAAUGGCUAUACGAGAAUUAUCGCGAAUAAUAACGGCCAUUUGCUCGCAGGGAUACCAAAACGUAAGGAAUCUGUUUGGGGAUCAUAUACGGGCACUUGGGAUAUGAAGAACUACUACACCAGUCGUCAAAAACAGCAAAAUAAUACAUUUAGAACUACAACUCAACAAAUAACUCAAGCCCAGUACACGUAUACACAACAUUUAACUUUGUAUCAUAAAAUUCCUGAAACUGGUAUAUAA